AUGACCCUUCGAAGUGGCACGGCUCUUCUGACGGUCACGCUAUCCCCCAUGACGCUCCGAAGGGUCACGGCUUCCGACCGUCACCUAACAUAUACCAAGGGGGAGACGGAUGAUAUUUCCCACACAGUGAUCCAUCAGGGACAUCAGGUUAUAGUCAAAAGUUUGGUAAGAACCCGUUUUGGAUAUCCGGAAGUCAGACACACUAUGAAGAAUAAUACUUCACGCUCGAUCUAUUACACUAAGGGCCACCCAAGGUUCCGUAAAGUUGUAACCCUCCAGGACAGUUUGCCCAAGAUGGACUUUCAGACGGCAGAGAGCCAGGGAAAAGAGGUGCUAGAGAGUCUAAUACGUGAGCCGAGACUUUCUGAAACAUUUCCGUUGGACCAUACAACUGCUUAUCUUCGAAGCAUGAACACUAUCAUUGAAGUCAACGAGAACUUCAAUCCCAAUGCCAAUCCUGAGACUGUGACACAUCAGACUAAUACACUGCUGAAAUCGGUUGGUUGGCAACUGAUGUGGUCCUCUAGCUUUUUGGCACUGCAGGAGCUGCCAAGGGCAGGCGAGAGCGUAGGAAUGGAUGUCGUGGCACCUUUCAUGUCAAGGGGAUUAACAUCGAAUGACAUUUGA